ACCCUGCAAGUGACAAUCCAUCGUUGCCGACUGCGAGUUUUAUUUACGCUACAAACGUUUCCAGCAAAAGUGCCGAAAUUAUUCCUUUCCUCAAGUUUCAAGUUGAAUUUUAAUAGUAAAUUAGUAUAACUGCAUCGCAAAAUGAUGUCCGCUGCACAGAAGCGUCCCUCGGACGCUUUGGUACCGGUUCCCCAAACGAAAAAGUCCCGCUCGGAUCUGAUGGCCUACACGGCAAAGGACAAACAGCUGCUGGAACAAAAUGACGUGGAACGGACAUCCAACUUGCUGGCGCCGAUCAUGCUGCUCGAGGGCCACGGAGGGGAAAUAUUCUCAACGGAAUUCCAUCCGGAGGGACAGCAUCUCGUUUCGACCGGAUUCGACAGGCAAAUCUUCCUCUGGAACGUCUACGGGGAAUGCGAGAACGUGGGCAUGAUGUCCGGCCAUUCCGGGGCCGUUAUGGAGGUGCACUUCUCGCCGGACGGCGGCAAUUUGUACACGUGUAGUACGGACAAAAUCGUCGCGGUUUGGGAUGUUCCCACCUGUACCAGGAUUCGGAAGUUGAAGGGACAUUCGCAUUUCGUUAAUAGCUGCAGUGGGGCAAGGCGAGGGCCUACCCUUAUUGUGUCCGGAUCGGACGAUUCCACGAUCAAGAUCUGGGACGCCAGGAAGAAAAACGUUCUUCACACGUUCGAUAAUGGCUAUCAAGUGACGGCGGUUUGCUUUAGCGAUACGGCUGAGCAGAUUAUCUCUGGAGGAAUCGAUAACGAGAUCAAAGUUUGGGACAUCCGGAAGAAGGAUGUGAUCUAUCGCCUGAGGGGACAUACGGAUACGAUUACGGGAUUGUCCCUUUCGCCAGACGGUUCUUACAUUCUGAGUAAUUCCAUGGACAAUACUCUUCGAAUUUGGGAUGUAAGGCCAUAUGCCCCGGCGGAAAGGUGCGUCAAGGUGUUCAAUGGCCAUCAGCAUAACUUUGAGAAGAACCUGUUGAGGUGUGCGUGGUCUCCGGAUGGAUCGAAGAUAAGCAGCGGCUCCGCAGAUCGAUUCGUCUACAUUUGGGACACCACUUCGAGGAGAAUCCUCUACAAACUUCCGGGACAUAACGGAAGCGUUAAUGAUGUGGAUUUCCACCCGACAGAGCCAGUAAUCGUGUCUGCUUCGAGCGACAAAACCCUUUAUUUGGGAGAAGUCGAAGGGUAAUAAUUAAGUAUCUUAGACUUAGUAUAUUGUGGAAAAUAAAACACAUUUCCGCGCA